AUGGAAAAAAGAAAUCUAACAGUCAUCAGGGAAUUUGUCCUUCUGGGACUAACAAGCUCAGCAGAGCAGCAAUACCCUUUGUCUGUGCUCUUUCUCUGCAUGUACUUAGUCACAGUGUUGGGGAACAUGUUCAUCAUCGUGACUGCUGGCUUUGACUCUGGCCUCCAUUCCCCCAUGUAUUUCUUUCUUAGUAACUUGGCUUUUGUGGACAUUUGUUUUACUUCCACUACAGUCCCCAAGAUGAUAGUGAACAUCUUGACGGACAGGAGGACUAUCUCUUUUGCAGGCUGCCUCACGCAGCUCUUCUUCAUUUCUUUUGUGAAUAUGGACAGCCUCCUUCUCUGUGUGAUGGCAUAUGAUAGGUAUGUGGCAAUUGGCCACCCUUUACAUUAUACCACCAUAAUGAAUCCUCACCUCUGUAUCCAGCUGGUGGCUGGGCUCUGGGUUGUCACUUACCUCCAUGCCCUCCUGCAUACUGUCCUAAUAACACAUCUGUCCUUCUGUGCCUCCAAUGUCAUCCAUAAUUUCUUCUGUGAUCUCAACCCUCUCCUGCAUCUCUCUUGCUCUGAUGUCUCUUUCAAUGUACUGGUUAUUUUUACUGUAGGAGGUCUAUUGGCUCUCACACCUCUGAUAUGCAUCCUCAUCUCUUAUGUACUUAUCUUCUCCACCAUUCUGAAGAUCACAUCUACUGAGGGGAAACAGAGAGCCUUUUCUACCUGUGGCUGCCACCUGUCAGUGGUGGUGUUGUUUUAUGGCACAGCCAUUGCUGUCUACUUCAGGCCUUCCUCCUCCCACACUCCUGAGAGUGACACCCUGUCAGCUGUCAUGUAUUCAGUGGUGACUCCGAUGCUGAAUCCUUUUAUCUACACUCUAAGGAACAGAGCUAUGAAGAGGGCACUUCAGAAAAUGCUUUGUAGGUGUACCGCCUUUCAGCAGCUAUUAUGA